GCCAUCGCUGAAAGCAAAUUAAUAAUUUGUUAAAAUAAUUGUGAAGUCUAGUGCUUUAUAAUCAAUUACGAUGUCAGGUGGAAGUAGCAGUAAUAGAAAUGAAUGCAGAAUAUAUGUGGGCAAUCUACCGCCAGACAUAAGGACAAAGGAUAUCCAAGACCUAUUUUACAAAUUCGGCAAAGUUACCUUUGUCGACUUAAAAAACAGAAAAGGUCCACCCUUUGCUUUCGUUGAAUUCGAGGAUCCUAGGGACGCGGACGACGCGGUGCGCGCGCGCGACGGCUACGACUACGACGGGUACCGGCUGCGCGUGGAGUUCCCGCGCGGCGGCGGCGGCGGCGGGCGCGGCGCGCGCGGCGGCGGGCCCGAGCGCUACGGCGCGCGAGCGCAGGCCCGCGGCCCGCCCGCGCGGCGCUCCGAGUACCGCGUGCUGGUCACGGGGCUGCCGCCCUCCGGCUCCUGGCAGGACCUGAAGGACCACAUGCGCGAAGCGGGCGAUGUGUGCUUCGCGGACACGUUCAAAGACGGCACGGGCGUCGUAGAGUUCCUGCGCCAUGAAGACAUGAAGUAUGCCAUCAAGAGACUCGAUGAUUCCCGGUUUAGAAGCCAUGAGGGCGAGGUGUCGUACAUUCGCGUGAAGGAGGACUACGGAGGCGGCGGCGGUGGCGGCGGCGGCGCUGCUGCUGACCGCUACAGUGGGGACAGGGACAGGUCCCGCUCGUACUCCCCGCGGCGGCGCGGCUCGCCCACGUACUCGCCCGUGCGGCGCUCCUACAGCCGCUCCCGCUCGCGCUCGCGCUCCCGCGACCACAACUACUGACCAGCGCCGGCCAGGUACCCUCGUCUCACCACUCACUACACUCUAACACUGCCUCAGUGAAAGCCACGUAAGCGUCUUUUUCAAAAAUCACAUUCUGACGUGAAUCCUAUCCCCCCAAUAGACAAGAUAGUUUCAAUCCAGGUAAAAAAUUGCGCUCUUCUGAUUUUUCAAAAAUUCGCUUACGUGGUUUUUUCACUAUAAGGCGACAGUAAUCAUAUUACUUUGCUUGAUGAAUAAUGACGAUGAAAUAAAUUUUGUGAUAUACCUGUGUCUGACUCCAGUUAAUCAUAAUCAAGUAGUCUUCAUCCUUUCAAAAACAGAAGUGCUCAAAUGUCUUAGUUCAUACAUUUUCUUGUUUUACAUUAUUCUAGUUUAAAAAUAAUGAUAAACUUUUCUAAAUAUUUCAAGAGCUUUCCAGUACUCCUCGCAGCUGAUGUGACGUUGGUGCUGAAUACCAGCAGAUACCUAAUUUUAUUCCAUGUCUGAUGGAAUUCAGCACCAAUAACUAAUCGAAACUUGGGUAAAAAGUAAGGCAAUAUUAGAUGUAAAGAUUUUAAAACCACAGCAAAGGAACCUAUGAUGUAAUGUUUACUAUGAGCCAGGAAACUGGCCCGAAACAGACUGGUAUUUUAAGUUUUGCUCAAGUGAUUGAAGUGCCCGCUAUGGUGUGCCGCUCCGCUGCGUGCGGGCUGGAGCAGCGCGUACUGACGCUGAUGUUUGUUGAUACAGCGCGGCGCCGGGCGGGCGGGGCGCGGCGGCGGCGGGCUGCGUGGGCUAGGCUAGCUGUACUGUACUGUGGGCCUCGUUCUGCCGGCGAUUUCUCCCUUGUCACCGUAUAUUUUGCACCAAACGAGCAUUCUCAACACUAAUUAAGUUCACUUCCCUCUUGAUUUGUUACGUGUUUCGAAGUUGUCUUAAAAUACUCUCGUUUGCAUGCAGUCCGAUAGAUUUAUAUUUUACCGAUUUUACCAGUACAACUCCGAGAUCGUGGGCAGAAUGUACCGACAAUUUUUGUGCAAAACCAUAAUUAAUUAAUUACUACAUAAGAAUUGGACCUGUAUAACUAAAAGUAUUUUCUUUUGUUUCAUCCACUUGGAUUGGACUCCUUGGAUGUGCUUGGCUGGAGGUGUGAGUCAGGAUGCAGUAGGAUCGGAUCGGGAGGACGGAUAACGGAUCGUAUAUUAGGAUGAAUCGCGAGGAACGGAUAGGACGCGCGCUCUCACCGACUGGACUCGGCUCGGAUGCUCGGAUACUCGGAUACCGCGGACGGCCGCGGAGGCUCGGCGGCUCGGAUUAUAUUGUCGUGGCUUGAGGGAUGUGGACGGAGCCGCCGGACUGGACUCCGAUGGAUGCCAGGAUCACGGAUCUGGGUAUGAUAUUCAAAUUUUUGCAAAUAACUUCUUAUGUUGAGUGCACGCUCGGUACAGAGUAUUAAUGUUUGUUUGGAAAUCCUUAACUCACACUUUAUUUGCUUCUCGAUGUCUGCGUGUUCCUAGCCGUAGGAGUCCAGGUUGUAUGACGAUGACGAGAACUUGUAGCUUUGCUCAUUAGUGUGUUAGACCUAACAAUCAGUGUCAUGUAAUUAGCAUGCUUACUGAGCUUCACCAGUACGGCCGAGACGGGCGGACGAGACGCGUGCCAGGAGACUGAGUGCCCUUUUAUUGUAAUGACCUUUAUUCUUAUAUUCUUUCUUGUCAAUCGGUGUGACUGCUGUCAGUGUGAGAGAUAUGUUAUUAUAGUCAUUUGAUGUUAGGUAUAGGACUUGGAUACAUCGGUACACAAAUGAAUCACAAAUUGUAUCAUGAAAUAAGAAAUUGACGAUAUCAUAGAUUUUAAAGUUUAAACAUGUAAUUAAAAAUUUAGGUACUGGAUCUGCAUUCCAAAGACCAACACAGUUUGAUGGACUUAAUAAAUUUCCCUAAGAAA